GGUAUCCCAGAACCGGAAGCAGCGCGGGGCCGGCCAUGGCGGCGGCGGCUGAGAGUGUCCCAGCCACCCACAGAGAGGAGCUCGUUCGAGAUGAUGCCGCCGUGGAAACAGCUGAGGAAGCAAAGGAGCCAGCUGAGGCCGACAUCACUGAGCUCUGCCGGGAUAUGUUCUCCAAAAUGGCAACUUAUCUGACUGGAGAACUGACGGCCACCAGUGAAGACUAUAAGCUCUUGGAAAAUAUGAAUAAACUAACCAGCCUGAAGUAUCUUGAAAUGAAAGAUAUUGCUAUAAACAUUAGUAGAAACUUAAAGGACUUAAACCAGAAGUAUGCUGGACUGCAGCCUUAUCUGGAUCAGAUCAAUGUCAUUGAGGAGCAGGUAGCAGCUCUCGAGCAGGCAGCCUACAAGCUGGAUGCAUAUUCAAAAAAACUGGAAGCCAAGUACAAGAAGCUGGAGAAGCGAUGAAAACUUAUUCCUAUGGGACAAAGUCUUUUUUAAUGUGGAAGAAUGUUUUAUAAGACCUGAAUCCUGAGGCUGAUGAAUUGUCAGAACUCCUCAAAAGGCAACUAUGCUGGUCAUCCCAGAAAACAUCCCAACAUUGGAGUAAACUGGAGAACCGUGGCUACUCCUGAACUUCUUUGGAGGCAGUAUCCCUCAGAAACUCACACUUAUAACUCCUUACUUUUUACUUGAAUGCAUCAUCUAUUCAGAACAGAGAGUCUCUCAAAAGUUCAGGAUAAACCUGGGCUUGCCAGUAGAAUCAAAUGAGAGGACCUGUUUUCCCUGGUAGUAGUUGAUUACUGCAUUAUUUUCUUAAAUGGCUGGUUUUUGAGUGACUGUAUAAAUUUUUUUUUUCUGUUAAGGACGCUAAUGUAUUGCUAACAAGAUUCUAAAUUUAAGAAGGAAAACAACAACAACAAAAAGGAAAAAACAGUCUUGUUCUUGACAGUUUGUCACCUUGUGAAUGUCAGUAAUUUACUUUUCUAUAACAUUGCAAAUAACAGAAAAUGAAACAAUUUCAGAACAAAUCUUCUAGACUGAGCGGAAACAGUGAAAGGAGUGUUGUUGCAAUAGCUUGGUGUAUGUGAUGGGCCCCUCCUGUCUUUUCUCUGUGUGAGUCAGAUGGCUGGGGAUGACAUCUUGACAUGUGCUCCCUUUUGGAAAUAUAAGGACAGGAUGUGUAUGUGUGUGUACAUGUUAAGUGGGGAGGUGGAGCUGCCACUUGGGCUGCUACUUAUUAAAUAAAGCAUUUUAUAAAAUA